AGAAAGUACCUUCAAGGGUGGGCGGGAACGAGAGGGAUAGACAGAUAAACCGUUAUCGCGUGAAUGUAGCAUUUUGUUGGGUAAGCGCAAGAAUGAAGGAGCGUAGAGUAAUUUUUACGCACUCACUUUGGUGAUAGGAUAUUUACUAUUUGAAAAGGUGUGCUGGAGAGAGAAAGGGAGAGAGAGAAAGAGAGAGAGAGAGAGCGCAUGUAAAAAAUUAAAACCACAUUUGAUAAGAGUCGAGAGCUGUGACUUAUUUCCACAUAUGUUGUCGCGAUCGUAGAUCAGUUAUUGCUGCUGUUGUUGGGCGCUGAUUAGCAACAUGUAUUAGACGUAGUAUGGCAAGAUCGUCGGCGUAUGCGCUGCAGUAACUGUGAGCUUGUAGUAUAUGUGCAAAUAAUUUGUGGCCCACCUAUAUAAACGUAUGUAUAUAUAUAUAUAUAUAUGCACACAAUAGCCUUGUUUGUAUGUAUUGUGCCUUUAUCAGAAUAAUUUGAAUGUCGUCGAGUGGCGAGCAAUAAAUAAUAUGUAACGUCAGUUACUGUUGUUGCGUAGCUUACCUAAAUUCUUUCCUCGACUAGCUCAGAAGCUCACACUAACUUUGAGAUAUGUAUUAUUAGACGCAUAGGAUUUUCCUCAUUCUACUUGCACACUGCUAAGUGGCAAGACGUGAUCGUCAACCAAUUCGUUCCGUUUAUUCAAUACAAGUGCUGACUUUAAUUCUCCACUGAUUGCGAAUUAUUCGCGCUUCGCGUAUGCAACCUGAUCGUUUAGCGCGUUUUCGCUCGUCUCAUAUGCUUAACAAAGUGUUUUGAGUGUUUUUGAAGUGUGUGAAGAUGCGAGUAGUGUUGUGUUCGGUGGUUGCAAUGUUUUGAAAAGGCUUCCCCCACAUACACACCCAUCCACCCUCAGUCAGUAGUGUAGACGCGUGCCAGCGGUUAGACUUCCCGUGUCUAGUGAUCGUUGCUCGGGUUUAUUGAUCGCCCCUCGUUUCAAGUGAUCUCUUACAGUCACUGCAAUCAACGCACUUGUAGUUGGCGCAUUGCGGAAGUGCGCAGCUGCACACACGUUCAAUAUCAAAAAUAUUUUGCGCGAAGCUGUUGGCUUAUAAGUGAGCUUUUGGUGGAAAAUUUUUUGGAAAUAAACGUAAAAAUGGUGGAAGUUCAAGCUCGCACAGUGCUCUGGUAUCUGGUUUUCAUCGGUUUCGCGGUGAAUUACAUGAUUCGCAUCAAUCUAAAUAUAACAAUUGUGGAAAUGAUAGCCAAAAAACCGUUAUUAGCGCCCACAAUAGUCACACAAGCGCCGUUGUUAACGAAUUUUACACUAAACACAUUCGUGAAUAGCAAUAACACCAACAGUAUUCACGCGAACAUCACUAGCAAUAGUAUAGCAGCGAUCGCGUCUAAUCAGAGUACCGAAGUGUCACUUGCGGUGGCGAAAGAGCAGCGUUACUCGUGGGAGAAGCAGUUACUCAACUCGUUAGGGAUUCACUACGAAACGAAUGGAUUUGGCUGGAAUGAGUAUCAACAAGGAUUGCUUUUAGGCUCGUUUUAUUGGUUACAUUGGGUCACGCAAGUUCCCGGUGGUAUUUUGGCUAAAAAAUAUGGCACGAAAUUGAUCUUCGGUCUGUCGAAUGCAGUCGGCUGUUGGAUCUGUUUCGUCAUACCAUUAGCGGCCUAUUGGAAUUAUCAGUUGCUCAUAUGGUUGCGUAUACUACAAGGACUCGUAACUGGUUUAUCGUGGCCAGCUAUGCAUCACAUGACCGGCAAAUGGAUACCGCCGAAUGAGCGCAGCAAAUUCGUCACCGCCUACUUGGGCAGUUCGGUAGGUGUCGCUGCAUUCUAUCCCUUAUUUGGUUAUGUUAUGCAUUGGACCUCAUGGGAAUGGGUAUAUCUAAUGUGUGGCAUCAUUGGUACCAUAUGGUGGUUUUGUUGGCUUUAUUUUGUCUACAAUACACCAGCGGAGCAUCCGCGCAUCAAUAGCUCAGAACAGCGUUAUAUUGAGAAGGCACUGGGAACUUCGGUUAACCAUGCCAAUCUGGGUUCGAUACCCUGGCGGCGUAUAGUCACAUCACGGGGUGUCUGGAUGAAUGUGAUAGCGCAGUGGGGCGGCAUUUGGGGUCUAUUUACGAUGAUGACACAGGCGCCGACAUACUUUCGUGUUGUACAUCAUUGGAACAUACGCGCUACCGGUAUACUCUCUGGCUUUCCACAUUUAAUGCGUAUGCUCUUCGCUUUAGUCUUCUCCAUAUUUGCCGACUAUUUGUUGCGUACGGAUAAGAUUAAGCGUACGAACUUGCGAAAAUUGGCAACAUUGGUUUGUUUAAUUGUGAAUGGCGCGAUGGUUUUGUGUCUUGCUUGGUUCGGCUAUAAUGCGUUGGCAGCGGUUGUUUUCCUCACGCUAUCUUUAAUGUUCCACGGUGCGGUAUCCUCGGGCCCUCUAGCAGCCAUUGUCGAUAUGUCGCCCAACUAUGCGGGUGUUGUUAUGGGUAUUAGUGGCACAAUUUCCGUGCUACCAGGUUUCAUAUCAUCCUAUAUUGUCGGCGUUAUGACGUUGGGCAAUCAAACAAUCGAGGCUUGGCGUAAUGUGUUUCUGCUCUGCGCGUUCAUGUUGAUUGGCUGUGGUGUGCUCUAUGUAUUAUUCUCCGAUUCAACACUUCAAGACUGGAACUCAUCAAAACGUGCUUUAGUUAUUGACCCGAAGGAGUUGGAAUUCUUGCAUACGAAGAUUACAAACGAGAAUGAGAAGCAUAGUAAUGAUGCGGAAAAGAACUCUGACUAUAAAUGUGAGAGUUGAGCGAACUUAGCUGCGCUUAAUUAUUCUUUCUUGAAUUUAGUGUUAAGUAAAGUUCUAUGUUGUUAUAGUAUGAUCUUAAGUAUAAGAUGUUAAUUUUAGGAAAAUCUACUCAAAGCUGUUAAUAAUUUUUAAACCUAGUAUUAAUAGAGUCUGAUUAAAAUUCAGGAAAGCAAUAAAUUUUAAUGUAAUAUUGAGCUAUAUUUAAAAAAUUUUAAUAUAUUUGGAUCUUUUAGCUUGGACAAAAUUAGUAUAUGAAAUCGAAAAUCUUAAACUCGAAAAUUA